CAUUCCACUGAUUAUGAGACACUUUCAUCUGAGUCAAUAACUGUACUAGAAAACACUAUAGAUUUGCAGUGGCCUCCCAUUACAGGUUGGAGGGUCACCCCAAACAGACGCCCCUGUCAGCUGACAAAAGAUAUGUUGGACUCCCACCAGAGAAUUCCUUAUCCCCCUAUGAUCAAGUUGAAAAUUCAACCCACAACUUUCAACUUGCGAUCCACUGAAGUUCCAGUGGAGAUAGUUGGCAUCAGAGAGGCAAGAAAGACAUUCAUACUGAAUCCAAAAUUACGACCAGGGACUUCGCUAUCAUCACCAACUUCUUCUGGUCCAUUCAGUCCACCGCUCCAGUCCCCACAGACUCCUCUAACACAGUCACUUGCAACAACACGUUCACUUUCAAGCUCUUCCUCUCUCUCAGACACUGCCACUGGAGCUCCAAAACUUGAUGAUGUAAUCAGUCGUAAGUCCCUUGCUGAAAUAGCCAAGAAAAUCACCCACUGGGAACCUCUGGGUCCAUACCUGUACCUCACUAGACCACAGGAAGAGGAGAUUGUCCAAAAAUACAGGGACUAUGGAAUGCAGAAACGAGAAUUUCUGGAGGUGUGGAAGGUGAUGAAAGGAGAAGGGGCCACGUACAGAGCCCUCAUCACCGCAACAGAGGAAGCAGAAGACAGGCAGUUGGCGGACUGUGUGAGAUCACUGCUAGAGAAAUGA